AUGGGCAAUCACACCACAGUGAGCACAUUCCUCCUCUGGGGAUUUUCUACUUUCCCUGAAGUGCAAGAUCUACUCUUUGUUGUGAUUUUCAUCUCCCAUCUGACCAUCCUACUGGCAAACAUGUCCAUAAUGGUAGCCAUCAAGCUCAACCACAGCCUUCACACUCCCAUGUAUUUUUUCCUCUUUGGUCUGUCCUUGUCAGAAACCUGCACCACGAUGGUAAUCCUGCCUCGUACACUAGUGGACUUGUUGUCAGAAAGCAAGACCAUUUCUCUCACUGAGUGUGCCACACAGAUGUUUUUCUUCUUUGGCUUAGCAGCUAACAACUGCUUUAUCAUGGCCGCCAUGUCCUAUGACCGUUACACUGCCAUCCACAGUCCCCUUCAGUACCCCAUCUUUAUGACAAGAAAGAUCUGCUUCCAGCUCAUGGUGGCCUCUUGUGUGGUUGGGUUCCUGAUUUCUCUGUCCAUUGUCUUUAUAGUGUUCAAUCUGUCUUUUUGUCACUCCACCACUAUCCAACACUUCUUCUGUGACAUCUCACCUGUAGUUCACCUUGCUUGUGAUUACACAUCUUAUCAUGCCAUGGCUAUUUUUGUACUGUCUGCCUUUGUGCUGGUGGGUAGCUUUGUUUUAAUUAUGAUUUCCUACAUCUUCAUUGUGACUGUGGUUGUGAAGAUGCCUUCCGCAAAAGGGCGGUACAAGACCUUCUCAACUUGUUCUUCUCACCUCACAGUUGUGUCUAUGCACUAUGGAUUUGCUGGCUUUGUCUAUUUGAGGCCCAAGAGCAGUGAUGCCUUCUUUGAAGACAUGCUCAUGGCUGUAACCUAUACCGUGCUGACACCUUUGCUUAACCCCAUUGUGUAUAGUCUACGGAACAAAGAAAUGCAGAUGGCACUCAGGAAAGUCCUGGGUAGUGCAAUUAAAAAUUUCCCUCAGUUAACAAGUAAAAAAGCUCUGAGCAUUUAA